UUCCUUUUCCGAGCUCAUGGCGGUUACAGUAAUGAGGCGGGGACUGGGGCAUUGGAGCGCCUCUGCUGCUUAGAACUUCCCUUCCGACUUGAGCAGGAGCUGAGGUUUCCCAAGGGAAACCUCAACACUGACCCCUGAGCCCUUCUAUUCCUGAGCUAUUGUCCUGGCAUCCCUCUGCGGGGUUUAGGGACCUGCGACGCCUGCAUGAAAUUGUGGGCAAAACUUAGCGGUUUGUGCCUGUGAUGUGCUCCUGGGGUCUCCAUAUCAAAGAGCCUUGUAGGGCUAAGGAGGGGCACAAGCAUGGAGCGGCUUUGGAGUCUACUCCAGAGAACGCAAAGGUUGUCCCCACGACCCUCUCAGACCAUCUACAAGCGUGUAGAAGGCACCCAGCAGUGGCGCCUUGAAGAGGAAUUGGAAGACGGAGAGGACGGGGCUGAGCCACCAGCCCACUUCUGUCCCAUGGAGCUGAGGGGCCCCGACCUGGGCUCUCGACCUAGGCGGCAAAACCUCGGAUUCUGGGCAGCAGCAGGACGAAGGGCUGCCCCCUACCUAGUCCUGACCACCCUGCUGAUCUUCACUGGAGCCUUCCUUCUGGGCUAUGUGGCCUUCCGAGGGUCCUGCCAGGCAUGUGGAGAUGACGUAUUGGUGGUCAGUGAAGACCUGAGCUAUGAGCCAGUCCUGGACUCUCAGCAGGGCACGUUGUACUGGAGUGACCUCCAGGCCAUGUUCCUGCAGCUCCUGAGGGAGGGGUCUCUGGAGGACACCAUCAGGCUAACCAGCUUUCGGGAAAGGGUGUCCGGCUCUGCUGGAAUGGCAGCCCUGGCCCAGGACAUCCGCGCGGCGCUCUCGAGCCAGAAGCUGGACCACGUGUGGACAGACACGCACUACGUGGGGCUGCAGUUCCCGGACCCGGCUCGCCCCAACACACUUCGCUGGGCCGACACGGCCGGGAGGCCUGGGGAGCAGCUGCCGCUGGAGGACCCCGACGUCUACUGUCCCUACAGCGCCACGGGCAACGCCACGGGAGAGCUGGUGUACGCCCACUACGGGAGGCGGGAAGACCUGCAGGACCUGCGGGCCCGUGGCUUGGAGCCGGCGGGGCGCCUCCUUCUGGUGCGCUUAGGGGUGAUCAGCUUUGCGCAGAAGGUGGCCAGUGCCCAGGACUUUGGGGCCAGAGGAGUGCUCAUAUACCCCGACCCUGCAGACUUCUCCCAAGACCCACACAAGCUCAGCCUGUCCAGCCACCGGGCUGUGUAUGGACAUGUGCACAUGGGAACUGGGGACCCCUACACACCUGGCUUCCCUUCUUUCAAUCAAACCCAGUUCCCUCCUGUCCAGUCCUCGGGCCUGCCUGGCAUCCCAGCCCAGCCCAUUAGUGCAGACAUCGCCUCCCUGCUGCUGAGGAAGCUCAAAGGUCCUGUGGCCCCUCAGGAAUGGCAAGGACACCUCCCAGGCUCUUCUUACCACCUGGGCCCUGGGCCAGGCCUGCACCUAGUGGUCAACAACCACAGGGUCUCCACCCCCAUCAGCAACAUCUUUGGCUGCAUUGAGGGCCGCUCAGAGCCAGAUCACUAUGUUGUCAUCGGGGCCCAGAGGGAUGCGUGGGGCCCAGGAGCAGCCCAGUCUGCUGUGGGAACUGGCAUACUGCUGGAGCUGGUUCGGACCUUUUCCUCCAUGGUGAGCAAUGGCUUCCGGCCACGCAGAAGCCUUCUCUUCAUCAGCUGGGAUGGAGGUGACUUUGGGAGUGUGGGCUCCAUGGAGUGGCUGGAGGGCUACCUCAGUGUACUGCACCUCAAAGCCGUAGUCUACGUGAGCCUGGACAAUGCAGUGCUGGGGGAUGACAAAUUUCAUGCCAAGACCAGCCCACUUCUGAUCAGCCUCAUUGAGAACAUCCUGAAGCAGGUGGACUCUCCUAACCGCAGUGGGCAGACUCUCUAUGAGCAGGUGGUGGUCAACAAUCACAGCUGGGAUGCUGAGGUGAUCCGACCGCUGCCCAUGGACAGCAGUGCCUAUUCCUUCACGGCCUUUGCCGGGGUCCCUGCCGUAGAGUUCUCUUUCACGGAGGAUGGCCAGGCGUACCCGUUCCUGCACACUAAGGACGACACAUACGAGAACCUACACAAGGUGUUGCGGGGCCGCCUGCCCGCCGUGGCCCAGGCCGUGGCCCAGCUCGCUGGGCAGCUCCUCAUCCGGCUCAGCCACGAUCACCUACUGCCCCUGGACUUCGCUCGCUACGGGGACGUGGUCCUCAGGCACAUCGGCUGCCUCAACGAGUUCUCUGGGGACCUCAAGGCCCGCGGGCUGACCCUCCAGUGGGUGUACUCGGCGCGGGGGGACUACAUCCGGGCCGCCGAGAAGCUGCGGAAGGAGAUAUACAGUUCGGAGGACAGUGACGAAAGGCUGAUGCGCAUGUACAACGUGCGCAUCAUGCGGGAGGAGGGUGAGGACCAGCAGAGCCAGAACAGGAGCCUUAUGGAGAAACAGAGGGGUGAAGAGCGUCAGAGUCAGGUGGAGUUCUACUUUCUGUCCCAGUACGUGUCGCCGGCCGACUCGCCGUUCCGCCACAUCUUCCUGGGCCGCGGAGACCACACGCUGGGCGCCCUGCUGGACCACGUGCGGCUGCUGCGCUCGGGAAGCUCCGCUGACCCUGGGGCCCCCUCUCCCCGGGUGGCGCCCGGCCUGGGCUUCCAGGAAAGCCGCUUCCGGCGCCAGCUGGCCCUGCUCACCUGGACGCUGCAGGGGGCAGCAAAUGCACUUAGCGGGGAUGUCUGGAACAUCGAUAACAACUUCUGAGGCCGCCAGGGACUCCACAGGUCCCGCCCCCUGCCGGGAGCUCCUGCUCAUCCCUCUUGAGCAAUUUCUGGGUGACUGACAGGCACUUCCUCUCAUUGCUGGCCGAUUUCUUAUUGGCCCUUCCUGUCUUUCCAAGGGGCCCAGCACAGACACCCGCGCACCCCUGGCCCUGCAGUGUAGGCGCAGGUGAUCUGUGCCUUCCAUAAUGGGACUGUCUGUCAUACUGUCAGCUAAUCAGAGAGCGUCAUCCGCUCCUUUAAUCACACCUCCUUCCCUUUCUGGGUGGGGUAUCCCACCCCUAGAUACCACUUUGGAAGGUUCCCUAGGCACUGGGAUCUGGCUAGCCCUCUUGGUGGGAGAGAUGGCUGGAACCAUAGCCUUAUAGCCAACUAUGGUGGGAGGGACUUGGAUUUGGACCUUAAUAAACCACCUGGUGGCAUCCAUCAUUCAUAA